AUGAUUGAGAGAAUUAAAUCUCUCACACCUGAUCUUAAAAGUAAAGCUCAAAAAGAUGUGGCCCAAAUGCAUAGAAAUCAUGAAAGCAAAGUGCCAGAGCUUCCUGUUAUUAAUAAGCAGUUAGAUGCUAAAAAAGAUAUGCUGCUUUAUAGUAAAUUUUUGGUAAAUAGCUUUCAUAUAUUUUGGUAUUUUAUAUUUUCUUUCCAAGAUCUUUUAAAGCCAUUUAUAUGUAAAAGCAUAAUAAUAUAAGAAGCUCUUCGACUUUAAGGCCAGGGAAAAACCAAUUCAUAUUUUCUUCACGACAUCAUGAAAAACAAGUGAUCGGUGAGACAAGAUCAACCCAAAGAAUAAAGCUCAAACCAAUAAAUCUUACUUCUACGCAGAAUACCGUUAAUUCUGCCAAUGAGAAAUCAAUUUCUCCAAUAAAAAUAAGAGAACAGCUCAGUGAUAGAGAAAAAAAGGAUGAUGUAAAAAUUUAUGAAAUAUUAAAUUCAUUUGGAGGGCUGUCUAUAAAAAUUACUUCAGCAACGAUAGAGUAUUUUAAUACUAGAAAAAAAAUUAUUAUCCCUUUUAAUGACCUACCUUAUGUAUUAUAUGAAAAUUCCGAAAUAAAAAUCGCUGGUAGAAUUAAGAAAUUUACUAAUGAAAAUGAAGAAUGGGAAAACAAUGUUUCUGGGAUCAGCUUGGUUUAUAUGUCUUUACCGUUAGAUUACCCUUAUUCAGUAUACCGAUAUAAAUUUGAAAGGGUUUUGGUUAUGCUAACUCCAAAUGCUACGAGAGAAAAUAGGCUUGAAGAAAUCAAAAUAAAACUCUUUUCAAAGGGAUUGAUGAUGAAAUAUCACAAAAUCGUGAUUCUUACACCAGAAAUAAUAGAAAAACUGUUUUCUGGGAAAAUGCAAGAAAUUGAAAAUAGGAUGACGGAGGCUAUGUGCUGAGAAGGGUUCGAAGCACUAAAUGUUAUACAAAAUCUGAGAGAAAACGGUGGGAAUUUGACUGAGUUUUUAUUAUGGCACGAUGUGAUAGCGACAAAAAUUAAUGCAGUAUUUUCUGACGAAGAAAUUAAAAGUUGAGAUUUUCCAAUUCAAAAACAGACGAUUCUAUUUGGACACUCUUUUUGCUUAACUCUUCCGAUGAUAAUAAUAAGCAUUGGGUCGUUCAGCCAAGAGAUAUCAGUGCCUUUAGGCUUGUUAAAGAGGUUUUUGCAAGAUAAUUUUGUUAGUUGAAUAUCAAUACUAAUGAGCUACCUUUACAGUCAUAACUCAUUAUUUCUUAUAGGAAAUAAAUCUAUCUGAAUAAGCUUUGUAAAUUAUCAAGGAAAAGACUCAAUCCUAGUAUUUAAAGCCCCAGAACUAUUAUUUGAAAAUCACGAAAUAAAUGUCAAACAUGAAUUUUCUAUUAGAGAUAUAUCUCAAUUAUUGGAGAUUUCAGCUAAUAAAAAAUCUGAUUUUCUAAGAUUUAUUAUAAGCAAAACGACAAUAGAGAGCGGCUUAAAAGACCAAUGAAAAAUACAUAUGGAUUUAGGGUAUCACAAUUAUUCAGGCAAUUUAUCAUAUUUAAAAAAUAUUGACGAGGAAAUUGAAUUUUUUAGCGAUCUGAAGGUCAGAUGUCAGUUUAAGCUUCCUAUAGUUGAGAUUUAUAUGAUGGAUACAAAUAUAAAGGACUCAAGAAUAGUAAAAAAUGAAACUUGCCAAAUUUUAGCUAGUAAUGGCUACCAAAACUGGGAUCGAGAAUUAUUAGAUUUGUUUGAUAGAUAA